AUGGAUUCAUCAAUUUCAUCUUCUUCACCCCACUCAAAAUCUUUAAUGGAUGGCUCUUUUCUGUGGAGCGAUGGUUCGCAGACUUCUCGCUAUGUUGGAUUUUGGUCCUAUGGACAGCCUGAUCCUGCAAAUGGAAGUUGCACAAAAAUACUUGUAGAUGGCCUUCAAGUAGAAGGACCAACAUGGCAAUUAGAUGUCUGUAAUCAACUUAGGCCAUUUAUCUGCGAACAGAAUGCUUGUAUUAAAGGAUCAUUUUUCUGCCAAAACGGUGUAUGCCUCCCUGAACGCGCCCAUUGCAAUGGGAUUGAUGAAUGUGGUGAUUCUAGUGAUGAGUUUAACUGUCCAUGUAAACUAGGAACCUUUUACAUUCGCCAAAAUUAUUUUUUAGCAGCUCAUAGUGAAAUGUCUUGUCAACGAUACGAGAAAGGGGAAUCUGGACGUAUUGAAACACCCAACUUUCCUGCAAGUUAUAGACAAGGUUCCAACUGCCGUUGGGUUAUUGAAGGACCGCUUAAUUCUAAAAUUCAGCUAAAUUUUGACUCAUUCGAGACUGAAGAACGUCAUGAUUUAGUUACUGUAUUAGAUGGAGGCCCUUCAGAAAAUUCUACUUUUGCUUUAUCCACAAUUUCGGGUACCCCUCGAAAUACAGAGAAGCUUUCCUUUGAGUCAAGCACAAAUAGAAUGAUAGUCCAAUUCAGAGCGGAUCAAAGCAUUCAAGCUCGAGGCUUUCAAGCAAGCUGGAGAACUGUUCCAAUAUCUUGUGGAAAUCAGCAACUGAAAGCCUCUUCAAUCGGCCAGCAAUUUCACAGCCCAGAAUGGCCUAGAAAUUAUCCUAAAGGCUUAGAAUGUGUUUGGCGUAUAGAAGCACCUUCUGGCCAAUUAAUUUCUUUAUUUAUUGAUGAAUUCAAUACCGAAGCUGAGACUGAUUUUUUAACAAUUUAUGAUGGACCGAGUCCGUCCGAGCCUAUAUUGGCUAAAUUCAGUGGGCAAAUGAAGGAACCUCAACUAAUAAUUUCAACUCAAUCUCAAGUUCAUAUCUACUUCUUCAGUAGCGAGUCUGUUUCUCAAAAAGGCUUUACUAUUACAUACAAAAAAGGCUGUGACAACUCUAUCCGUCGCUCACACGGAGUUUUAACAUCACCGGGAAAUGCACAUUUGCCCUAUGCUCCUUCACAAAUUUGUCGAUGGAGUAUAGAAUUACCCUCUCAACAAAUCGAAAACUUUGAAGCUGCAGCAGAAGUUCCAUCAUUAUCUUUAGUUUUGAAUUCUUGGGACGUAGCCGAUUUAGGCGAUAAGUUACAAAUUUAUGAAGGAGGUGAGGAUGGAGGUAGUAAUGGGAGACCGUUACAUGAAAGUGAUGGCUUUACUGUAAAUAAUGCUCCACCUAAGACGAUUUAUGCAAAACAAGGACGUGUUGAACUCGUUUGGCGUUCUAAUGUCUUAAACAGUGGAACCGGCUGGAAUAUUUCUUUUUCGACAAGUUGCCCUCCUCUCUCAUUACCCUCCCGUCGUGUUCUCCUCUCCACUAAAAACACAGCCUAUGGUACCCACGUUACUAUAAGUUGUGAAAGAGGCUUUGAAUUUUCAACGGGGCUCGGCAGGCAUUUCGAAACAGAAUGUGAAUUGGGAGGUCUGUGGAGCAAUUAUGCACCUGUUCCAGACUGCCAACCCGUGUACUGCUCGGCAAUUCCUCAAAUAGCUAACGGCUUUGCUGUCUCAGCAACCAACGUCUCGUAUGCUGGAAUGGCUCGCUAUCAGUGUUAUGAAGGGUUUAGCUUUGCUUCUGGGAAGCAACAUGAAGAAAUAUUUUGUACAGACGAAGGCCGUUGGACACAAUCGCCCAAAUGCAAAAGUCCUUGGAACAAUUAUUUCCCUUAUUUCAUAUUUUACGUUUCAGCUGAUGCCUGUCCCGCACUCCCAUCUUUUGUCUCCGGUGAAAGAAUUCUUCAAUUUGGGGACGGCAUAGGCUUCGGCAGCGUUUUCCAAUUUCAUUGUGCGAAGGGUUACUUUAUUGAGGGUCCUUUAAGCAUUGUUUGUCGUCCGAAUGGAGAAUGGUCCUCUCCACAGCCUCUUUGUAAAAAAUUGACUUGUACUGAUAUCCCAAUUGUCGAAAAUGGUGAACUACAUUUAUUGCCUAGCAAUAAUAUGGUUACGGAUGAAAAAUCCAUCAAGGAUAAAAAAUUAAAGGAUCAAACCAAGAGCUUUGGAUCUAAACAAAAAAUGGAAUUUAAAACUAAAAGAAGUAUGGUAAUUCGAGAGUUGCAAUUUGGAGACUCUCUACGAGUUGAGUGCCAUUCUGGUUUUCAGUCUGUAGGAGCGGAAACACUUAAAUGCUUGGCUAAUCAAACACUUAGUGGAAUCCCAAAAUGCCGUGAUAUCGAUGAAUGUGAGUUACAAUCUGCAGGAAAUUGUGCCACAAAAUCAACAACUUGUGUGAAUAUGCCAGGCGGUUUUCAUUGCCAAUGUCAACCUGGAUAUAAACCAAAACUGGAUUGUUCUGGUCCUCUGACUAUCAUACCAACAAAAAUACAAACAUCUCAUGGUGUGCCAAUACCGGUUCAACAGCUCAAUUCAAAAAAUGGAUGGUGUGCAGAUACAACAAUAACAAAUGCUCAAAUGCUUGAAAAACGGAUAAUGCCCUUUAAUGAGUCCAUUACUAGCAGCUCUCCAUCAACAAUCUUAACUUUGAUAUUUACUUUCCCCGUGCCAAAGAUAAUCGAAAAGCUGCAUCUUGAAAAAGUUGUUGUUCCCAACGCUUCUGCCCCUUCUGGAAUUGCUGGGGCAAUCGCAGCAACCCCUGAAGCUUGGCCUCAACGUUUUACACUUUCUUAUUCAAUUGAGGAAGGAAUGCCGUUUGAAGUCUAUAAUGGAGGACUUGCUGAAAUAGGAGGGAAUAACAACAUUACUUCAACUAAUGAGAAUAAAAAGUCUAAUGAAAGAAAAUUAAAUACUCCGACUACUAGAGAGAUAAGAACAAGAGCUUUAGGAGCAAUAGGCUCGGAAAUUCUUGUAUUAGCCAAACCAAUCGAGGCAAGAACAUUGCAAAUCGAAUUCCUGGAAUUUCAUGGAGGUGUUCCCUGCAUGAAAUUUGAGUUUUUGGGUUGUCAACGGACUUCUUGUGAAGAUAUUAAUGAAUGCGAGGAUGGUCGUAAUGGAGGUUGUGAACAACAUUGUCACAAUACACAAGGUGGACAUCGUUGCAGCUGUGAAGAAGGCUUUGAUUUGUUCGUUGAACCAGGACAAAGUGGUGUUCGUUUGCGUGAAGGUGAAACAGGCUAUGGAGAAUUCGAUUCAUUGCGGUUUAACCAUUCUUGUAUUCCUCGACAUUGUGCUCCUUUAACGACACCAGAAAAUGGCCAACUAAUAGCUCAAAAUUUGUACAAAACCUUCAAAAAUGAAGUGAAUAAUACUAACAACAAAAACGAGUUCUUUUCGUCCUCAUUUGCUUUCCCUUCAAUUGUGGAGUUUCGGUGUACUUUUGGUCAUCAAAUGCGUGGGCCUUCACAUUUGAAAUGUUUGGCAGAUGGGACAUGGAAUGGAACAGUUCCAUCCUGCAUACCCGCCACCUGUUCCGGCGUAAAGAAUAGCACAGCUGUAGGUCUCUUUGUACAACCUGAAACAGUCUCCAUUCCUUUUGGCCAGAAUUUAAGUUUUGUCUGUUCCCAAACUAACAGACCGCCAAAACAUUCUGCACUUGGAGAAAUCCGUCAAUGUAUUUAUGAUCCUCGAACUGAUGGACUGGAAUAUUGGCUAAGUGGCCCCGAAGUUGAUUGCCCACUUGUUGAUUGUGGACCCCCUCCUGCCCUAUCUGGGGCUUAUUAUGAAGGAGAUGAAGGGCAUCAUGGAGGAAACUUUAAAGUGGGAAGUGUUUAUUUAUUCCAGUGCCGUGCUCCAUAUUCUCUUGUUGGCAAAUCUUCAUAUGAUGACCGUAUGGUUCGUUGUAAUGUAGACGGAACAUGGGAUUUGGGUGAUUUACGUUGUGAAGGCCCCGUUUGUGUUGAUCCUGGCCAUCCAGAUGACGGGCAAACAUUUUUGGAUUCUGUUGAGGAAGGGGCUGUUGCAAGUUUCAGUUGUAACAGACCGGGAUUUAAGCCAUUCCCUGCAGAAACGAUAAGUUGCAGUCUUGGGACGCCUUGUGUGUUGAGUGAGGAUGUUGGAAUAUCUUCUGGUUUUAUACCUGAUGGAGCUUUUUCUGAUAAUUCUGACAAGGUAAUCUGGGGAUAUGAACCUCACAAAUCACGCAUGUCCUCUUCUGGUUGGUGUGGCUCUAAAGAUGCAUUUAUCUUCCUUUCCGUUGAUCUACAACGAAUUUAUACACUUACAACACUGAGGUUAACUGGUGUUGCUGGUAAUGGGCAUUUAUCUGGUCAUGUUACAAAAAUGCAGCUUUUCUAUAAAGUUCAAUUCAGUCAAAACUAUGAUAAUUACCCUAUGGAAUUCUCUACGCCCUCUGGAAACCACAGAAAAAUUUACCAAUUUACCCUUAAUCCACCUCUACGAGCCCGAUACAUUCUUUUGGGUAUUACUGAAUAUGAGAAGAACCCUUGCCUUCGCUUUGAUAUGCAUGGAUGUUUAGCUCCUCUGUCUACCACACACGAAGUUCCAGCACAUUUACAAGUUGGCUGGAAUGCAAGUAUCCCUCAAUGCUUAGAUGCUGAACCUCCAACAUUCAAAAAUUGCCCUCAAUCACCUAUUAUUGUACAAACUGAUGAAAACGGGCAAUUGUUCCCUGCCAAUUAUGUCAUACCUGAAGCUACUGAUAAUUCUGGAAGAAUUACUUACAUGCUAACAAAGCCAGAAGACUUCCAUCCACCCUAUCCAGUCAGUCAAGACACUGAUAUAAUCUAUCAAGCUUUUGACGAUGCGGGGAAUAUGGCUGAAUGUGCUGUUAGACUUAGAAUACCUGACACAGUUCCUCCAAUCUUGAAGUGUCCUGAUUCUUAUGCUAUCUGGGCACAGGAAAAUCAAACUGAACUACACAUGCAUUUCAAUGAAUCUUCAGUACGGCUAGUUGUGCAAGACCAAUCGCCUAUUACACAAAUUUCCUAUGAUCCUCCCGAAGCUCGGAUUAAGCUUGAUUCACACGUUACUGUUGAAGCCUCCGUUCUAGAUGCCCAUUCCAACCGAAAUAAAUGUAAAUUCCAAGUAGCCCUGUUACCCGAACCUUGCAGUCCUUGGUCUUUACGAAUUGAUGAAGCUACCGUUCAAAAACAAUGUCAACGCCAUGCUAGUGGCACAGUUUGCCAAGUCCAAUGUCGCAAAGGAUAUCGCUUUCUAGAAUCCUUCCCUCAACAAAAGAGUGAAGUUAAAAAACAACAAAAUAGUACUAAUACACUUCCACAACGCUAUAGUUGCUCGAUGGAACAGCAAUCGGGAAAAUGGUUGCCUUCGCCAACUCCACCUGCAUGUGUGCCAAUGGCCAUGGAACCUGCUCGUUACGAGAUGAGAGUCCACAUGAAUUAUAGCCUCACUUCCCCUUUACCGAGUGAUUGUGCUAAGAGUUAUGAACUGUUAGUUGGAUCUUUGUUCGACAGCAUUGACCAAGUAUUGAGCCAGCGUUGUUCAAGUACUGUACAAAUCUAUGUUCGCUUCUUGGAUGCCAAAUUCUCGCAAAUGGGCGAGAAGACUAUGGGUGCAAAUUUCACUGUACAAAUUUUGCCUACUGUUUUGCAACAAGUAUUUUAUGAGCUUUGCUCGCUCACUCUACGCACAAUAUUUGACCUUCGAAUACCUGGAGCUACAAUACCUAUUAGGUCUUUGCUGACACUUUCGGGUGAUUCUGUUCCAGCUAUCUUGGUAGUAACUUAA